CUGGUAGUGUUUCAGUAUCUAAACUCCCUAAAUCCAAAAUGGCCUUAAGAGCAGCGGCAGCAGGCAGGAUUCCGGUAGCACCGAGAGGUCUCCGGGCAGUUUUCUAUUCAUUUUCUGCUAACGUUCCUUUGUAUCAACCGAGGACCGGACCGCCGCCUGAACCAUCCACCAAUCUCUAUGUUUCCGGUCUUAGCAGACAUACUACAUCUGAAUCUCUUCGAAAUGCAUUUGCCGAAUUUGGUGAAGUGCUUGAUGCAAGAGUGUUGACAGAUGGUAUAACUGGUUAUUCAACGUGUUGUGGUUAUGUUAGAUAUCAAACUAUGGAAGAAUCUGCAGCUGGUUUAGAGGCCAUGGAUGGCCAGUUCCUUGAUGGAUUGGUUAUCGUUGCUGAGUAUGCUAAACCAAAGCCUCGGCAUCUUGCCCUGGAGGACGAUUGCCCUGCAGGUGGAUAUGGCCUUGCAUCUGUAUUAGACAUGUCCAUAUGAACUUCUAUCAGCUCGUCAUAAUUGGGAUAUCAAGCAUAUGCUCAAAGUAGAAUUCUUUAUAUGAACCAUGGUUACUUAUAAUUUAUUGAUUUUUUGGAAGUCCAAUUGAAACAUGUGUGAAUCUCGUUAUAAGUUCCACUUCAGUUUAUUUAUAGAUUGCUAAA